AUGCCCUCCGUGAAAGCAUUUCCAAAAGCGACAAAAAUUCCAGAACCGUUGAAUAAAAUUCUCGAGCCGACUGUAAUACGUCAUUUGGAUGCGGAUUCAGAUUCUCCAAGAGAAUAUUCCAACGUUCAAAAUCGUCAUCAGGUCGAAGUUGAUAUAGAACAAGUUUGCGAAGUGAAAAACAAAUAUGUCAGAGGUAAAACAACAAUGACGAGACACGCGAGUUUGGAAGGGGAUGAUCCGGGAUUCAUUGGUCCGGUUGUUUGGAAUCGUCACUUUACUAAUUUAAACGAGGAAGAAAUUGAAUACGAAAAUGUAAACGUGGGAAAAAUGCGUAGAAGGUUUAACGAACUUUUAGACGAUGCGUUGAGCAUGUUCGGAAGUAAAAAUGGAAGUCCCGAAGGAAGUGACGUCGAACCAGUGCGACAAUUAGAUAAUCGAAUACAUUCAGCGGUCAUACGUCCCGCGGGCGUCACAAAAAUUGAGGGAUCAACAUCUUGCAGGCCUAACACGACAGGAUCGAAAAGACCGCAAUCGUCAUUGGUGACUCAGGGUCGUCUUAAAGGUGCUUGGGAAACUCCAAGUUGUUCGACACUUUCCAGACCUUUAAGUGCUGGAAUUUUUCAAGAAACAUCUCCGAGGAUCGAUAAACGUUUCAUAUAUGCCAACAGCGAAUUGUCACCCAACGAUCCAGCCAUUCCCCUAAUAGCUGCCAUCAAAAACGAAUUGAAAAAAUUUGAUGGCACAACACCAUCUAAUAACGAAACAAACUGA